AUGUCCACCGCCCGCCGUGAUACCCUUGUGACGAUCGAGAAGGCCGCCCAGGCCUACUGGGAGCAGCACCGCUUGCACGAGAUGGACGCCCCGCCCGCACACGACCCGGUGAAGCCGCCGAAGCACUUCACGACCUUCCCGUUCCCUUACAUGAACGGCCGUCUGCACCUCGGUCACGGCUUCUCCCUCACGAAGGCCGAGUUCGUCUCCCGUUACAAGCGUAUGAAGGGGUUUCGCUCGCUCUGGCCCUUUGGGUUUCACGUCACAGGGACCCCGAUCGCGGCCUGUGCGCAGAAGAUCAUGAAGGAGAUGGAGCAGUACGGCAACCCACCGGUCUUCCCGGAGAUGUCACCCGUUGUGGAGGAGGCGAAGUCCCCGAAGGAACUGGGGGAUUUGCUGAAAUUCAAAAGCAAACGCGCCAAGGUCGGGCCCGCGAAGCCGCAGUGGGAGAUCAUGCAAUCGAUGGGCAUCCCAGACGAUGAGAUCCCGAAGUUCUCGGACACACAGCAAUGGCUGAAUUUCUUCCCGCCGAUCGCGAUCGCGGACUUGCGGCGGUUCGGCUGCUAUAUUGACUUUCGCCGGUCUUUCAUCACGACAAUGAAGAAUCCGUAUUUCGACCGUUUUGUGAGUUGGCAAUUUCGCCAGCUCCGGCGGGCUGGACUGGUGAAUUUCGGCAAGCGCUAUUGCGUGUACUCGCCGAUGGAUGGCCAGCCUUGCGCCGACCACGACCGCGCGAGCGGGGAGGGGGUGCUUCCGCAGGAGUACACCAUUGUGAAGCUUCCCGUCCAGGACCCGCUUGAGCAGGCGGCUUUUAAGCCUUUCAAGAAUCACAUCGGCGGGCGGGCGAUUAUUCUACCGGCUGCCACCCUCCGCGCGGAGACCGUAAUCGGUUUGACAAACUGCUGGGUGAGCCCGAAGAUUCUUUACCGCGCGUACGCCAUGUUGAAUGAGCGCAGCAAUGAGGAGGAGAUCGUCAUCCUGACCCCGCACUCGGCGCGGAAUAUGGCCUACCAGGGUUUCAUUUUCAACGGGAAGAAAUGGCAAACACCGGAGCCGCUGUUCGAGGUUAACGGGGAGCAUUUGAUCGGGAUCCCGCUCUCGUCUCCGAUGGCUGUCUACACCACGAUCUACACCCUCCCCAUGAGCACAAUCAUCGAGACAAAAGGGACCGGGAUCGUGAUGUCGGUGCCCUCAGACUCCCCGGAUGAUUAUAUUAAUUUGUCUCAGCUGCGGAAUAAACCGGAGUAUCGUAAGAAGCUCGGCCUGGAGGACGCCUGGGUGAUGCCCUUCCCCCCGAUUCCGAUUAUUGACGUGCCAGAUCUGGGGACCAUGUGCGCGAAGACGAUGUGCGAAAAGCUCAAGAUCAACGGCCCCAACGCCGCGGAAUUGCUUGAUGAGGCCAAGCGUGUCUGCUAUCAGAUGGGCUUUUACCAGGGUGUGAUGAUUGCGGGGCCCUACAAGGGUAUGAAAGUCUCUGAGGCCAAGCAGCUCACGCAGGACUGGAUAGAUAAGAGGGGCGAGUGCAUGAGAUAUUGCGAGCCUAUCCGGCAAGUCAUUAGCCGCUCCGGUGAUGAGUGCGUGGUAGCGCUGUGUAAUGAGUGGUAUAUCGAGUAUGGCCAACCCCAAUGGAAGAAGGCGGUUAUGCAGCAUCUAGAAAAGAUGAAUAUGUUCUACCCCGGGGUGCGAAAUGGCUUUGUUGAGGUGUUGAAUUGGCUCUCCGAUUGGCCGUGUAGCCGAACCUUUGGGCUAGGGACGUACCUUCCCUGCGAUGAAAGCCAUACGAUGAUCAUCGAUAGCCUUUCCGAUUCCACAAUUUACAUGGCAUAUUAUACCAUCAGCCGCUUUCUGCAUACUAAUACGAAUGGCUCACUAGAGUUGAGCGGCUCGGUGGACAAUGAAUUCGGGUUGAAGCCGGAGAUGUUUACCGAUGAUAUUUUCGACUAUAUUUAUCACGGGGUUGGCGAUGCAGCAAGUCUUUCUUCGGAUGUCGGGAUGCCUCUCCGAUCACUAGAGCUCAUGCGAAAUGAGUUUGAGUAUUUCUACCCCGUCGAUAUCCGCUGCUCCGCGAAGGAUCUGAUUCAAAACCAUCUCACGAUGUUUUUGUAUAAUCACGCGGCGAUUUGGCCGAACGACGAAAGCAAAUGGCCCCGCGCGAUCUUCUGCAAUGGGCAUAUUCAAGUCGACAACGAAAAAAUGGCGAAAUCAAAGGGGAAUUUUAUCUCGCUAGGGGAGGCGUUGGAUACCUACGGCGCGGAUCCGACACGAUUGGCCUGCGCGGAUGCGGGCGAUACAUUGGAGGAUGCAAAUUUCGUCCGAGAUACCGCCGCGAGCUUCAUCCUAAAGCUCACCACCUUGCUUGACCAGGCCCAAGAACAGCUUUCCAGCGAUGAGGUGAUGCGCAAAGGGGAUUUUAAUGUCUUUGAUAAGAUCUUUAAUAACACUAUGAAUACCAUCACGACGGCCACAGAGGGGUACUAUGAAAGCAUGCAAUUCCGAAUGGUCCUGAACACCGCUUUCCAUGAGCUUAUGAAUGAGUUUAGCCAGUACAGGCUCAAUUGUGGGGAUGAUUUGAUCCACAGCAGUCUCGUCCGGCGCUAUUACGAGCUUCUAACAUUGAUGAUGAUGCCAUUAGCCCCACAUUUCUGUGAACAUAUGUGGAGAAACGUCCUAAAGAAGGAGGGGACAGUGAUCGAUCAGCGCUUUCCGAGCCCUGACGCGCCGCUGGAUUAUUCGCUCAUUGUGAAAAAUCGUGUUAUGAUGAACGUUGUGAAGGAUAUCCGCUCGCAAGUGGUGAAGUCUGAAAAACAGAAGAAAAAGCAAAUAUCCUCAGCGGUUAUUUAUACACUUUCGGUGUACUCAGAUUGGCAGGUCAACGCGCUUACACAAAUUCAGACGAUUUACAAAGAAAACGAUAAUUCGUUCCCUGCGGAUAUCGCCAAGCAAAUCAUUAAUUCCAGCUCGGAAUCUCUGCCGAAGAACCUUAUUCCGGAUACAAUGGCCUUUAUCUCGUUCGUUCGCGCGAAUGUGGAGAAGUAUGGCGAACAGGCGAUGUCGCUAAUGCCUAUUGUCAAUGAUUUUGACCUUCUUUCGAACGUAAGUGAUAAUGUUCGGAAGCUUUCUGGUGUAAAUAAUAUAAUGGUAAAGCACGCAACGGAUGAAAGCUGCAGUGGGCAUGCCGCGGCUCGUCGGAAAUGCCGCCCUGGAGAACCCUCCAUUGCAUUUAUCUUUUCAGAGUAG